ACCACACCUAGUGCAUUUACUAGCACUUCCAAGAAUACAUGGGGAGAGUCUGCUCCUCCGCCAACUGCUGUGACUUCGGAACUAUGGGGUGCACCAAUGAGCAAAGCGCGCGGUCCACCUCCUGGCUUGGGUAGUAAAGGGGCUACGAACGCAAGCAACGGCUGGGGAGCCGGCUUAGGAAGUGUCAGUAGAUCGUCCAGUUCGUGGGGUCUUCAAUCGUCGUCGGUUAGCAAUUCGAGUUGGAUGUCUACUUGGCUUCUACUGAAGAAUCUUACUCCACAAAUUGACGGUUCCACCUUGAAAACAUUAUGUAUGCAACAUGGACCGGUUCAAGAUUUCCGUCUUUACCAGAAUCAUGGAAUUGCUUUGACGAAAUAUUCUUCUCGCGACGAGGCAAUAAAGGCACAAGGAGCCCUAAACAAUUGCGUCCUGGGUAACACAACGAUAUUUGCCGAGUCGCCCGCAGAGAGCGAGGUGCACACGAUUCUGCAGCAACUCGGCCACGGCGGACAACAACAGGCCGGUGGUUCCGGCGGAGCCGGUUGGGGCCUUAGACCAACUAACAAAGCUGGCCCGCCGCCCGACACAUGGGGAGGCAGUUCUAGUCAGCUCUGGGGCGCCCCGCCCACCAGCAAUUCCCUGUGGAGCAAUGCCGGGAUAGACAACAGUGACCAGCAACGAGCAACUCCCAGUUCUCUCAACUCGUAUUUACCCGGAGAUCUUCUGGGAGGUGAGUCGAUGUAGAGAACGAGAGUCUAUCCGCCCGAAAUCUUGUCAAAUAAGUGAACAAAUUCACUUGCUUAUGACGCAAGUCCAAAGAUGCAGCUCGGCUGACGCAAAUUUCGUGAUUGAAUGCGUAUUACUUCCCCUUCCGAUCCCCCUUAUUUCUCUUAGAUCACAUUUUGUAUAUUCAAGUAUUAUCACGUUAUCGAUCGGUGUUUUUGGUUAGAGUGGAUACAAGAUAUAUCUGCUUAUGUAUACUCUGUCGAUGAUAAGAAAGAGCGAAUGUAUGAGAGGAAGAGGGAAAGGAAGGGAGAAUUGUGAGAGAGUGAUAGAAAGAGAGAAAGAGAGAGGGGGAGGGAGUGUAUGUAUGUGCGCCCGUGCGUGCGUGCGCGUGCGCGUGCGCGCGUGUGUGUGCGUGUGUGUGCGUGUGCGCAAAAGAGAACGAAAGGAAAUGAGACGGACGAGGUCUUCACGAAACGUCAAUUAUAUUGCUAGGAAAUGCAAUUACUAUAACGAGUUACUUAACAAAGAAAUUACUACCCUCGUAUCCGCCUUGAGUAGAAAACACGCGUAAGCGAAAUAAUCACAGUGGUAUACAACCAAAUUGUGCGAUAGAUAUCUAAUUUUACAUGACAAAUCACACUCACACACAUAUACAUUCAUCAAAAACACUUAAUAAAAACGAAGGUACUUGUAAGUACGAAUGCGGUCGCGUCAUUACUCCAAGGAGAUAGGAAUAUCACCAAAAGAUUUACGGAUUACAGAAGAUCAAGUUAGGUCAAGUUAUACCAAUCGCAACGGUCUUUUCAUCAAUCUCUUGGUGCGUGUACUGCGUGCGAUCUGCCACGAUAUGUAACGACAAAAUGGCGUUCUCAUCGUUCUAAGCCAAUCUAAUAAGCAUGUAUCAAGAUAAAACGUAGACAAGAGAGGAGAAGAGAAAGAAAAAAAAACUAUCUGCGCUCUUUGUGCUGUUUUACUGGGAAGGAAGGGCGCUUUUCUCAAUGAAGAUUUAUCGUCGAGGGUCUCUGAUCAGGUCAAAGAGUGUUCCAUUUUUUGCUGGACAGUUCCGAAGACUGCAGCGAGUAUCAAAUGUAGACUGUAUCAAUCUAAUCAAAAGAAAAAAAAACCUUAAAAAACAAGCAUUGACGUCGCUGCCUGGUGUUCUAUCCCGACUUCCAAUCCCCACUGCGCUCCGGACCCCCCACGAAUGUGGAAGAAACGAGAGGAAUGCAGGGAUAUUAGAUCAACUGGGCAACGACGCAACGAUACCAAAUGUUAUCGCAAUAACGUAAAUUUUAUUCUAUAUUAAAUCUAGAUGCCACCUGUCGUGCCAAUGUCCAGUGUGUCUCUUUACCAUUUAUUAACGUAGAGUUUAAAUGAAAAAAAAAGAAGAUAAACAGGAGAUAAGGAGAAAUGGAAAAAAAACGAGAUGAAGCGAUUAGAGCACGAAGCGUUGAGAAAGACCGAGGAAAGUGCUGAUACAAACGGCUAAUAAAGCGGCUGAAAAUAUGCAGUAUACAUGAAAAAUAAACAUGAAGACAAGUAAUGGACACUACAUACCGAUUAUUGCGUAUGUAGUAUAUUACGCUUCUCUUGUUAAUGAUGAUACUUCGAACUCACAGUAAUCACAAUGGUCCGCGUAAGAUCGCAAUGUGAGUAAAUGGCGAUGUUACGAAUGGAUGGCAUUUAUUACGGGCGCAUAUACUGUCGAGCGGAGAGCUCACAGUCUCUAGGAUGAAUUUAAAUUAGUUUUUCUCUUCAACGUCAAAGGUACCUGAAUGGACUGAUAACCAAACGACGAACAAGCGAACUGUUAUUUACUCAUGCACAACAGUUUCUUUCUUUUUUUUUGUCUUUCCGUUUCUCCGCGUGUCGGCGCGGAAUUUUGGAAACGUUUCGCGAUCAAUCAGUGGGCAUAAAACCGCGAAAGAUGUGAAAGAGACGGCUUUUUUUCCUUCGUCAAUUGAGACAUAGAAAGAGAACAAGAUAUAUAUAAUAUAUAUAAAUAGAAGGAAGGAAAGAAACACAAUCACAAGACGCGAGCCGCGCGCGAUAAAAGUGUGAACAAUUACAUAUACACACAUGCUGAUUACACACGUUUGCCACGCAUGACUGAACCUGCAUGCUUGCAAAUGUCAACACGCCAAGCUAAGGAAACGUACACAGUAGCAUUGGUCGACAAUGAUUAUCGCCGCUUCCAUGCGAUCGGUCGAUCCUCGCGGAUGCCGGACCGUUAUACUUUGGCAUACCAGUAAAUCAAAAAAAAAAACAUUGGAAAUUUUUAUAUCUUGCCUUCCGAGAGAGAGAAAGAGAGAGAGAGAGAGAGAGAGAGGGAGAGAGAAAGAGAGGGAGAGAGAAAGAGAGGGAGAGAUUGCGAGAGAAUGAUUGCUUUGUAGGAGACACAUCAUCAAAAAGAGCCACGUUUCUCACGUGCUAUAUGACGAAAAUACCGGUGCAUCGGUUCGCGAUGUAUCCGCGAUGUGAAUCCGCGCGGUUCCGCCGAUCAUGUCGCCUCGACUCUGUCGGCCAGUGUUGUUACGUAAUGCUUAAUUUUAAUAUUUUCGUAAGAAUGCAUAAUUUAAGAAGUAUUCAUAAUUACUGUCUAACGUAGAUAGAAUUCAAGAGGAAGCGGAAAAGAACACGACGGUACGAUUAUGACGACUAUAUGAGCUCCUCAGUUGCAAAGCGAAAGAAAAAAAAAGAAAAGAAAAGAAAAAAAAAUGAUGAAGUAGUGAAAGCGCUGAUUAUACAUAAUUGUAUCGUACUCCUAAAGAAAGGACUGCCGCGCAAAUCGAGGAAAUAAAUUCCUUAACGUUUUAAAAUGACAAGAUAAACACAGAAAAAAAUAAAAACGAUAAUAUUUAAGAUGGUAAUAUUUAAAAAUAUGUAAUGAAAGUAACAUAUAUAUAUGCGAUUGCUUAAAUUUACUAAUAGAUUGCAUCUAUUACAUUUAUCUAUCGACUGUGUCUAAUUGAUCUUAUUUAGUAUGCCUCUUAGCGUAUUUAAGUUGCCUAAAAUAAAGUUUUAAUUAAAGUUACGUAUUUCUAAUUCAAAAUGAAUUUUUUGUUGUCUUUCAGAUCAGAAUUAUACGACAAAUCUCUAAGCGAAGAAUUUAUAUAGACAGAAUUUAAAAAAAAAAAAAAAAAAAAUGUUUGGAUUGUGAGUUGCAUUUCUUGAAUUGCGCGACAGCCUGUUUUAAGGAGUACGAUAUAUAUAUAUGCAUAAAUAUAUCUCAUACAUUAUUAUAUUGUACACAUACACAAACAGCAUACCUGUACAUACAUAUAUGUAUGUAAUAUGUAUAUGUAUGGUAUCCUGACAUUUUACUUAACAAAGUGUAGCAAAGUGUAAAAGAGAGAGUGAGAGUACGACAAAGAACUGUGCUAAGAUAUAAGGACAAUUAUAAUAUAAACUUACAUAUAUGAUGCACUCUUACGAUAACUAUAAACUAUGAAUUUAUAUAUACAUAUAUGUACAUAUAUAUAUAUAUAUAUAUAUAUAUAUAUAUAUAUAUAUAUAUAUAUAUAUAUAUAUAUGAAUGUGAAUUAUCAUACUAAUAACGAGACAACAAUAUAAUAAUUCGUUGGUGGUAAUCUCUGACGAAGUUUGCUAAGUAAUAUGCUAGAACUAAAAAUUUGAUUAAUAAUUACUUUAAAAGAUAGGUUAAAGGAUAGGUUAAAAGAUAAGCUAUUUAAAAGGGUUGACAAAACUACAAUGGCGUUCUAACGUUUCUGAAAUGUAGAUUUUAAGAUAAUAGAAUAUAAGUGUCUGAAGACUUAAAUGUAUUCAUGAGCGUUAAGGCAGAGAGACUGUGAGAAAGAAAGGUAGAGACAGGGAAGGAUGAGAGGAGAAUAAAUGAGGCAGAAUGUACACGUGAGAGAUAAUAUCAAUGAGGAAACAGGGGGAGAAAGACGGGAAAGGAGGACACAAAAUAAGAGAAAACAAGGGAGUGAAGGAAUGAACGAAUAUAGUAUGAAUGUGAUAGAGUAUAAUUGCUCGCUUUCGCAAAAUGGAGCGAGGUAUGAAAGUGGAAUGCGCGAGGAAUUCGCGUUUGCAUUUCUCAGCACGGUCCAUGUAGACAUGUCUGUUGAUUACAAUGGUUUACUUGUUUGCCUCGGCUUUAAGUGCAAGAUAGAUUGAUGCAGCGCUAAUUUAGCAGCGGAGGGCGACGAGAAGCAAAGAGAUAUCGAAUAAUAUUUACUGCGAACGAAAAUUAUUGCUUUUGAGAAUCAAAGGGGAACUUUUCUCCGAGUUAGCCAAGAUAAGAUCAGAAAAAAACAUUAGAAUUUGUUGUGAUAACAGUGAUUGAUAUAUAGAUGGUAUUUAGGUAUUUAGGGUCUUUACGUUACAUACAUACACAUAUACAUACGCACACCAUAUGGUGUGAAUAAUCCAAUGCAUAGAAUACAUUUGAUUUCAAUAUUAAUACCAUUGCUUAAUGAAUACAUUUUAAUUACGCGUAUAUAAUAGGUAAUAGGUAAAUAAUAAUAAUAAUAGUAAUAAUAAUAAUAAUAAUAAUAAUAACUAUAAUAACGGUUAGUAAAAGAUCAGGUGGAGAUUAGGAUAACUCAAGAAUAAGUGGAAUUUAAAUGAAAUAUACUAUCGACUCUUUUAUAUAUGUAGAAAUAUAUAAAAGCUCUCGAAAAAGGCUUAAAAUGUGUAUUUAUAAAUGUGCGUACGUAAAACUUGUGCGUAUAUACGGCAUAUACAGUUAACUAAAAUACGAUUGAUCGAUCAUCGCGAUAGUUGUAAAACGAAGCACGCGGUAAUUACGCGGCAUUGCGUGCAAAGAGUAAUGCACAUUCUUACACAAUCAUAUUAUUCAUACAUGCAUGUACAGUGCGCGCGUACACUUUUAAUGCGAUAAUAAGAUAAUAAGGGAAUAAUAUGAGAGGGAGCUUUAAAAUUUUUAAACGAUAACAUUUUUAACAACCGACGUGCAGCCUAUCGCUUAAAUGUAAUCUAGUGCAAGUUAACUUUAGUCCUUCCGACUCGUUGCCUUUCAUUAUUCGAUACAUUUCACAUGAUAACUAUACAUAUAUGUGCACAGUCAUAUAUACACAUACACAAUCGCGAGAUGAUAAAUAAAUAAAUUUGAUGAAAAUGGACUGAUUAGCGGAUGUAAGAUAAUAACUAAAUUCAUUGACACGUAUACACGCAUGUAUACACGCACACAUCUUAUACGUCUGAUACAAAACAAUUGUUUUAAAAUAGAAAAGUAACAAAAAAUAAAAAACGCAGAAAAGGGAAAAAAAUAGGUUUACGGGGACGGAGAAAAAGCGCUCUUAAAUUAUUUUGAUUCUUAUAGCGUGAGACUUGCACACGAUUUUAUUUGUAUAAUUUGUUUUUUUGAUUUGUACAUAUAUAGAAUGUAGAAGAAUUUUGAAGACCCUUAAAUAUUUCAAAAAGUAAGCAUAAUCACAGAUGAAAUUUUGACAUUAUUAAUAAUAUAAUCAAUUAAUAAUAUAAUCAAUUUAUAAUUUAUCGAUUUAUUUAAUCGUCGGAGUUAAAAAAUAAAAUGAAAUAAUUGAUAACUUGAAAAAUCAAUUUUUACAAACGUGUUCUCUCUCUAUUGAUUUUAUACAAUUAUUUUAUUUCAUUGAUAUUAUAUAAAACAGAAUAUUUAUGCAGUCAAUAUUUAGGCUAAGUUUUAAGUUUAAUAGAUAUUUUAUAUACGUAUAGAGAUGCUUAAAGAAAGAGGGCUUAUCUUCUUCAGAAAGGAUUACAUACGUUUAUGGUAAUACACAGGGUCGGACAGGCCGUCUCAUAUAGGAUGUGUCUCUGUACCUGCCAAAUGUUCUAGAGGAGUAAGACUUUAAAAUUACAGCAGUACUAAUUACGAAAAUCUUCAACACGUUAUAAAUUAAAUUGUACUUUGAUUUCAUGAAUAAGUGCACAUAAAAACUGUAAUAACCAAUCUUUAGAUUUUUUUUUGUAACUUAACAAGAAUGAUAAAGUAAAUAAUAAGUAGAAUAUUGGAAUAGUUCACAUAGGAUAUUUGAUCUUGGCCGGAAACACUUCACUAUAUAGCGAUAAUGAUGGUGGAAUGGUAGUGCUUUUUAAUUAAUAUAUUGCUCACUGCAUUAAUAUUUCUGAUAUAAGAUUGAUAUAAGAUGAAUCUGAAAGAUAAAUGUGUUAAAAAUUAAAACACCAUUACUCGAUGCGUAUCGUACGGAGAUAUUCUUGACGGAAGUAAAACUUAUACUUUCGAAGAUUGCACCCCAUUUCAAAAAAAANNNNAAAAAAAAAAAAAAAAAAAAAAAAAAAACUCAAAUGUUUAUCCUCUUGAUAUAAAUAUAUAAAAUAUUAUCUCAAUAAUUUCAAUUGUUUCGAACAUAAAAAAUUUGCACUUAUAUGAAUUAACUUGUUCCAUAUCAAUUCACAAUACAAUAGUACAAAUAAUCUUAUACGAUAGUAUUUUACUCCCUCAUUACAUAUUACACGCGAGUAUGCAUGCGUGUAUAAUGUGUGUGUGUGUGUGUGUGUGUGUGGUAUGUAUAUGUGCAAUAAUUUACCAAGAGAUGCUUAUGUAAAACACUGCAAACGAAUAGCACUGCCGUUACACCGUCAUUGCGCCUCACUGAUAUGUAUAUAAUUUUAUGCAAAUGAUAUUUCUUGUUUGUGUGUGCCUUCUUUUUUUGAGCGUUAUGUAAGAUUGAUCAUUGUAUGCUUUGACUUUUUCCUUCCUUUUUCUUUUCUUUUUUUUUUUUUUUUUUUUUUUUUUUUAAUAGCAUUUGACUCGCAAGAGUGAACAUUAUCGCUUUAUCUCGUGUGAUUUUUUUAAGUGGAUUACUGCUGCGAGGGGACUGCAAUAUCAUAACGAAACCUUUAUAUUAGACGAGUCAGUAUUUCUUUCCGCGACGGCAAUCUCGUCGUUAGGGUGAUUCGCCUAUUCUUGAUAGAGCCGCGUCUGACAGUCGCGAUUCUCUACAGCCGUGAUCCUGAAGUACAGCAUAAAAAAAAAAAAUCUAUUUACAAUCUUACGUUCUAUAAGUAUAUCAUCCGUAUUAUACCACUUAGCUUAUGUAGUAUUAUAGCGCAAUAGGAACUCUGUAGCUCUCGUACAAUAUUAGUCAUCGUACGAUAGUACUGGAAUAUCGUUAACUUAUAUAAGGCAGAUCUAUAUAUCAUUUCUCCUAAGCCAUAAUUGCGAUUCAGGCUGAUGAUAGUCUUAGUCAAUCGCGACCGACUAUCUCCUGCGUGCAUCAAAAACUACGUUGACAUUUCUUACAUAGCAAGUCGUUUGAAAUCACAAUCUUUGAAGCAAAAUGAAAAUCUUGGAAAUGAAAUUAUCUAAUUAGACCGCGUUUAUAAAAUACGUCAAAUUAUAGCGAAAUUCUCGCAAAUUAUUGCGAGUCCACUCUUUCUCUCUCUUUCUCUCUUUUCUCUUGCUUUCUCUCUCUAUCUGAUAUCACUUGAAAUCUUAACUCGCUUAAAUCUUACUCGGAUCUCUACACGCAUAGUCAAACUGCAAUUUCGAGCCGACUUAACGAUGUUCAGAAAUAUGCUUUGCAAUCAUUGUGAUGAAAACAAGCCCGAUUUAUUUUUUCGAGAAGAUCGAGAGAUAGUACGAGGAGGAUGAGGGACGAAUCCGAUAAGAGAGAUCCACUCAUGCCCGAUGAUAUCAAUAAUGAAUAAUCAUACGCUGUUUAGGAAAGCAUCAUUGUGCUUGCAAUUAGUCCCAAAGCUCGAUUCCGGGUCGCAGGAAAUUAUCCUCAAGUUUAUCUGUUAAUUAUACAUACCGACGUGUGCUUCUACAUAAUUGCGUACUACGUCGCGUAAAUAUAGGACAAUAUCGGUUGUUACUUUAGCCAGUCUGCUCGAGUAUAUUGAAUAUAUUGUUGUUGCAUCGCAUUAGUUGUACCGCACAUUUUCUAUAAUAAUAGAAUCAUUUAUUUAAUAUUCAUAUAUAUAUGUACAAUCGAUGCAUUUUCUCUACUUGUAUAUCGGAAUCCGUCUUAUCUCAAUGAUGAAAAGAAAUGCUAUAAAAAAGAGAUAUCGAAACAUUGCCUUCUAAAGAGAAAUAUCAAACGGUUUCGCGCUCGUUAUGUUAAAUUGUAUCGAUAGUUAACUAAUUAAUUGGCUAGUUAAGUUCGCGUUAAUGUAAGUCAGCUAUUUUCUUGUAUGUUACUGUUCUAUCUGCAAUUAAUACACAUAAAAAAAAAGAAAAUUUAAUUAAUUGGAGAAAACUCGACAUUAUUAGAUAAAUUGUUUGACAAACAGUUAAUUUAGAAGAUAAACGAAUCAAUAUCUCGCGUUGGAAGUUUUGUUAAAUAUUAUUGUGACAAAUAAUUAAUGAAAAUGUUUUAAGCAAAGUACUUUUUUAAUCACAUAAAGUGCUUUACGUACUUUAUUAUUCAGGAUUAUCCAGUUUCUUGUUUUGCGGAUUGCUUCGAUUAUUAGGCAAUAGUAUUAGGCCUGAAAUAUAUACACGCACACACAAAUACAUACGAACCACGCAUGAUAUUAAUCUUGUAUCGACGAUCGAGCUCUAAAAAUUACUCGGGAUAUUAGAUCCAAAUUUACCUAUAAUUGUAUUGAUACAAUGUAAAAACAAAUCUCAGUCUUAUCAAAUCUAGUCUCAAUCUGCGUUUUAUACUAUUUCUGAUUAAAACAGAGCUCUUCUCCCUUAUUUUUAAGUAUUAUAUUGUCAAUUAUAUCAAUUCUUAUAUGUGACUCAAUACGUGAUGUUAUAAAUUUUGCGAUGUUAUUUUCUAUGCGAAUAAAAGACAUGUGGUGCUUAUUAGAAGAAAGAGAAAAACUAUUAUCCAAAAAAUCUACGUGAAAAAAAGAGACUAAAUAGGACAUUCGGACGUGUGUGCGAAGAAAAAAAAUUGCAUUAAUGGAUUGGCUCUUUUAAUUAACAUUUA